AUGGCCUCCGACGAGGUCAUGGACGACAUUUCAGCUAGCCCAAAGAGGCCAGCACUUACUAUUGAGUCUCUCAAGAACAAGAAAUUUAAGACUGAUGACCUGCCCCUGUCUGCGGCGCAGCAUGCAGACAUCAACAACCUCCUUGUCGCAUUCAAGAAGAAGGGCGGUUACGACAAUAUGAGAAGGGCAAUAUGGGCUGAGUUUAAUGACGGGGACACAAAAACCAAAUUCCUCAGUGAACUGCUUGCCGUAGCAGAAGCGGAGAUCGAGCGCGAACCGGCACAUCUAUCACGCGAGAGAGGGAAGGCCGCAACGCUAAUCGAAGGUGCUGUCGACCGAAGUGAUGUCUACAAGACUGCCGAACGCUCCAUUGACGAGCUCACUCAAAAGCACCUAGCUUCAAUCCUCGAGUCUGUUCGCGCGAUUCGUCGCCAGGAAAUUGGCGAUGAAGCCGCCGCAAGGGAAGAACAAGCUGGUAACAAAACAGACCAAGACUACGAAGAGCAUGUCAAGGCCAAACGCGAGGAACGUGAUAAGGUCUGGCGCGAAGAAUUACGCAAACAACAAGAAAUUGAAGACGAAGAGAGACGGGUCAAGGCCGAGGAGCAACGGAAGAAACGGGAGGCAGAGCGAAAAAAGGAGGAAGAAGAAAGAGCACGAAGGAAACAAAUCGAUGAGGAGCGGCGGGCCGAGCGCGAAAGACUCCGUGAAGAACAACGGGCUAUUGAUGACCAACGAGAGCGAGAGCGUGAGGAGCGGUAUGAACGACGGAGAAGAGAGGACCGAGAGCGGUAUCGCGAUUGGGAUCGAGACCGGAGUCGGACCCGUGAUCGAAGCAGGACUAGAGAUCGUGACAGGUACCGUGACCGUUCGCCAGCGUAUCGCUCUGAGCGUGGACUCUCUCCCCGCGGUCGUGAUUCAAAGAGGGAGAAGCCAGCCGUAUCCAAAGACCCGACUCCUGCCCCAGCCCCGCCUGUGGACGAAAAGUCCCUUGAAGAGGCAGCCUUGCAGUUGCUCCUCAAAGACGCCGAAGAACAUGCUGCUAAAGCUCGCAUGAAACCUGAAUUCGACUUCGAAGAAGCCGAGGCUAUCGAGAACGGGCUCAAGCCGCCACCGUCUACAGCACACCAAGGAAGAGGUGUUUCUGAUACUAAGACCUCUACCAGGAAUCACAGCCGCGACUCCAGGCGUCGUGGCUCGAUGUCCGAUCGGUGGGAGCGCCCUCGUUAUCGCUCUCGCAGCCGUAGUCGCAGCCGCAGCCGCAGCCGCAGCUACUCUCGUCGCCGACGCGGGUCUCGUUAUGAUCCAGACCGUCGUAGGGAUUCUUCUAUGAGACAUAGAGACCGUGAUAUGGAGGAUCGUCGUGGAUACCGUGACUUCCGAGAUGAUCGCAGCUACCGACCUCGCCGCAGUCGCAGCCGAUCAAUCGGCCGCGCUCGAGAUAGAGACCGGGACCGCUCUAGAUCGCGUGACCGCGACGACCGUCGUCGUCGUGAUCGCAGUCGUGAUCGCAGUCGUGAAAGAAGCAAAGACCGCGAUCGAGACGAUGACCGUCCCCAACGCUCGCGCUACUCCCCUUCGCCUAUUCGUCGGCACUCCCGAAGUCGGCGCUCACGUUCUCGUCCCCGUGGCCGCGACAAUCGCUCCAAAUCUCGAUCACCUAUUUUACGGAGACGCUCGCGAUCUCGCCGCACUUCGCGCACCCGGCGUCCAUCUCCUGUUUCGCUAGACAUCGAUCGCUAUGUUCCAGCUACCAGCAACCGCAGUAAGUCGCCUCGUCGUAGAGUGCGAUCCCCAGAGAGAUUACGUGGUGGCGAAUUGGAUCGAUACAUGCCAGGGUCCGAGGAGAAAGAAUCAUCUCGAGAGCAUAAGAAGGAAAGCAAAGUGGAAACUACAGACGGCCACGCCGACUCGCCUCUGGAAUCUGAUGAUCGACGGACGCGCCGGCCUAGCCCCACCCGCCGAAGAAGUCGAAGCCGGCGACGCAGCCCUAGCCGGAGAAGGAGCCGCAGCCGCCGGAGGAGCUACAGUCGACGCAGUCGCAGUCGCAGCCGCAGCCGGAGACGUAGCCCGAUUCGCAGGAGAAGUCGAAGCCGUUGA